AUGUCAUCUACCCGCGCCUUCUCCCUCAACAAGCAGCUCUUCAACGCGAACCUCUACAAGCGCGUCCGCGACGUCUGGUUCGCGGACCUCCCAGCCGGCGCAAAAGCACCGAACCAAGCCACCGUCUUCCGCUGGUUCGGCAGAGCCACUGAGGAAGAGAAAGAUCUGUUCGAUGGCGUGUGCCGCUCCCACUUCCACGACGCCCUGGCCUCCAUUGGGCCGCAGAAGUACACCCUCCCGCCGCCCAAGACGAACUACAGCGCGGAGCAGAGCGAGGCGCUCUCGAUAGCCGCGCCGUUUCUGUCUGAGCUGGAGCAGAAGCCUGACCAAGACGAGGGAACGGCGUCGAACACGGCCCUCAGCCUUGUGCUCCUGCUCGACCAGAUCCCGCGCAACAUCUUCCGCGAGGACCAGGGCGCUAUCUACAGCCACUACGACCGCAUCGCGCGCGCGCUCAUCAACGUCAUUGUUUCCAGAGAGCCGCGACUGGAUCUGCAUCCGCAGUUCCGUGCGGCGCCGGUGUACCGCAACUGGUUCUACAUGCCGCUUAUGCACUCCGAGUACCUCGAGGACCAUGAGAAGUACGAGAAGUUGAUCGCGGAGCUGAGGAGUGAGAUCGAGGAAGCGGGGGAUCAGGAGACGCUCUGGUUUCUCGACAAAUCGAUGGAGGCUGAGACGUCGCAUCUUAAUAUCCUGAAGCGGUUUGGGCGGUAUCCGCAUCGGAAUGAUCACCUGGGAAGGGAGACGACGAGGGAGGAAAGAGAGUUCAUGGAGUCGGGAGGUGACAGCUUUGGCGUCAAGCCGAAGCCAAAGGCAUAG